UUGACACAUUAAUUGGCAACAAGUAUUUGUGCGGUGCCUUCACGGGUUUCCCUCAUUGCCUUCCAACUCGUAACAAAUCAAUUGUAAUCAAAGCAAAAAUUUGUGUUCCCAUCGCCAUUUCCCUUGGAUUCUUAGUUCUUGGGGGCUUUCUCCUAUGUCGACGCAUGGUCAAGAAAACCCAAUUUGAGUCAAGAAAAGAAACAAAGCAUGGGAACUUGUUCUCGAUAUGGAAUUAUGAUGGACAUAUUGCAUAUGAAGACAUCGUUGAAGCAACUGAGGACUUUGAUAUAAAAUACUGUAUUGGAGCCAGUGGUUAUGGCAAUGUUUACAAAGCAAAAUUACAUAGUGGAAAAGUAAUUGGCUUGAAGAAACUUCAUCGAUUGGAGGCUGAGAACCCAACUUUUGAUAUGAGUUUCAGAAACGAGGUAAAAGUGUUAACAGAGAUUCGCCAUCGAAACAUUAUAAAACUUCAUGGGUUCUGUUUACAUAAGCGAUGCAUGUUUCUGGUUUACGAGUACAUGGAAAGGGGAAGCCUAUUUUGUAUCCUAAAUAAUGAUGUUGAAGUAAUAGAAUUGGAUUGGAGCAAGAGAUUAAACAUCAUCAAAGGCACUUCCCACGCUUUAUCUUACAUGUAUCAUGAAUGCAUUCCAGUAAUUGUUCAUCGAGAUAUAACAAGCAACAAUAUUUUAUUGAACAAUAAACUAGAGGCUUUUGUCUCUGACUUUGGCACAGCUAAGCUCCUUGAUCCUGAUUCCUCCAACCAAACGUUAGUUGUCGGCACUUACGGUUACAUUGCCCCAGAUCAUGCCGGAGAUGUUCAUAAGAUUUUUGAAGAAUCUACAAUUUUCAAGCCUAACCACAGUGCCAAAUUGCCCAAACUGCAAGCAAGAAGGCAUGAACAGCAAGACCAGCCAACAGAAAAGCCUAAACAAAGAGCUAAAUGCUUAAAAGGGAAGCUGUUAAGGCAGAGGAAAGAGCAACCAGUAGAGCCUAAGCAGCAAGAUCAAGAGUCACAACAGCAUGCAAAAAGUCCAAACAGCAGGAGCAACAAGCAAAAGAGCCUGCUAAACAAGUCAAAAUGCUUAGACAACUUUCAGGGAGAUUAUAUGGAGGCCCUGGAGGCCCUUCAUAAUAUGCAUGUAUCAUGA